CCAACAACAGAAAAGCACCCCAAACCAUAUCUAUAAGGCUCCUCCGCACACGUGUCUGCACCUCUGUUGCUUCUUCCACUCCCACUUCCACUGCCACUACCCCUACCCCUUUGCAUUUCCAACAUGAACUUCUCCAGCACACCACAAACCUCAAGAAGCUUUACGCCUCUAACUUGCCCUGGUCACUCUCCCCCGCCGACGUCAAGGCUCUCUUUUCUCAAUGCGGAACGGUUACCGAUGUUGAGAUGAUAAAGAACAAGGAUGGUGGAUUGACUGGCUUCGCCUUCAUUACCAUGUCUUCUGCCCAAGAGGCUCAGGCUGCUAUUCAUAAAUUCCACUCUCUUCAAAUAUCAGGCCGGACAAUUAAAGUAGAGCUUGCAAAGAGAUUUAAGAAACCCCGUCCUCCAGGUCCUCCUGCCGGAGAGACGCGUCAUAAAAUUUAUGCAUCCAAUCUUGCUUGGAAAGUAAGAUCUGGCCAUCUCAGAGAAUUCGUCACUGAGAAUUUUAGAGAACCAGUUUCAGCCAGAGUUGUGUUCGAUAGUUCUUCUGGAAGAUGUGCUGGGUAUGGAUUUGUUUCUUUUGUUACAAAGGAGGAAGCAGAGGAUGCCAUUUCUUCUUUGGAUGGGAAGGAAUUAAUGGGGCGAGCGGUUCGCCUAAAAUUUAGCCGAAAGACCAUUGAAGAAGCUGAUACUGAUAGUGGCAAAGAAGAGCAGGGUUAUCAUGAUCAAUUGGAAGCACCAUAACUGCAAUCAUUAUUCACUUAGUGAUCUUUUGCAAUGGAAUACAAUUUCUAUUCUUGGUGAAUUAGAAAUAAAGUAUUCCAUGGACGCUUAAUUAUGCUGCAUCCAAACCAUUUACGAUAUCAAUAUGGUUAGUUGUAAAGUUUCAUAAUUAUUCAAGCCACGAACUGUAAAGCAAGUAAUAUUGUUACCUUGGUCGGUUGCAUUUAAUGCUACUUCUUUAGAUAGAAAUACAGACAUGGAAAGAUGACAACGAUAAA